GAUCCCCGGGGCCCCCCGCGGGGGCUGCCGCGUCUGCGGCGCGCGCUGCACGUCCUGGAGAAAUACGGCCGCAACCUGCUCGGCCCCCGGCCCCCGCCCCACUGGAGGGACCUGCGCUUCGGCAACCCCGUCUACAGAUCCGCCCUGGCCCACAUCCAGGGAGGCCGGGCCGUGCUGAAGCUGCUGGGCUACACCCAGGAGUCGGGGGAGGGGCUGAGCUUCCCGGCCCCGCCCGCCGCGCCCCUCCCCCACCGCGUGGCCGCCGUCACCGCCGACGUCAUGCUGCUGCGGGCCGAGCUGGAGCUGCUGGAGCUGAACCAGCACCCCAACCCCCAGUUCUUCGCCCAGAUCUUACUGGGAGAGGAGGAGAACCAGCACCCCAACCCCCAGUUCUUCGCCCAGAUCUUACUGGGAGAGGAGGAGGAGUGCCCCUCCCCCCCCCAGGCCUGGCCCUGCCCCCGCUGCACCUUCCUCAACCCAGGCCCCGCCCCCCGCUGUGACGUCUGCGGCUCUGACCCCGCCCACCGCGAUGACGUCACCGGCGAAGCGGCCACGCCCACUCCCCGUGAAAAUCCCGCCGCUGCCGGGGCUAAAAACGCCAAUUCCGGUUGUGGCCCCGCCCCUUCCGGUGAGGUCGCGGUCACUUCCGGGUGUGGCUCCGCCUCUUCUGAUGGAAAAGGUGGCACUUCCGGGUUUGGCCCCGCCUCUUCCGGUGCGGAUAAGAGCACUUCCGGGUGUGGCCCCGCCCCCUCCCGUGAUGCUUUGCGGCGGCGGAAGUUGCUGGAAGACGGGCGGCGCCUGGUGGAGCUCGUGAGGGCCGCCCAAUCCCAGGGUCUCCCCCCGGAAUCUCUCGGCCCCUCCCCCCUCUCGGCCAUUCCGGAAGAUUCCGACGCCGAUUCCCGGAUCCGGCGCUUCCGGAGCCGCCUCGGCCCCGCCCUCAGGGCCCUUCAGGAGGCGGAGCCAGACCCGGAAGUGGGCGGGGCUUCCCUCGGAGACUUCUCAUUGGUGGAAGCCGCCUGGGCGUGGCUGGAGGGGGAGGGGCAUCCGGAGCGGGCGCGGCGCGCUCUGAUUGGCCGGAGGAAGCAGCAGCUGGCGCUCCUGUCCCGCCUGGGCUUUCCGGAAGCGUCGGCGGCGCCGGCGCUGCGACGUCACGGCGGCGACCAAUGGGAGGCGCUGCAGGAGCUGCAGAGGGGGAAGCUCCGCCCCUUCCUCUUACGUCACUUCCGGGGGGCGGAGCCUGGGCUGGACUUCAACCAGGCCGACCAGCAGGCUCUCCUCCGCCAGAUCCUGGCCACUCUCCCCGUGGCCAGCUGGGGCCGGGCGUGGCUGGUGGCCGGGCUGGGCCGGGAGCUGGGACUGGGCCGGCUGGACUCUCCCAGUUUGGAUCCUUUACUGGUUGAACUGGUGGAGGCGGUGGGGGCGUGUCCGGACCGGGCGGCGCUGCGGCGGCGGCUGCGCUGCGAGUGCGCCCUGUGCGGCUGGGGGCUGCCGCGGCAACUGAUGCAGUGGCUGCCCGGCUGCUCGUGCCCGCUGUGCCCCGAGUGUUUCCGGCUCCAUUUCACGGUGGGGCUGCGCGAGAGGGGCGUGGGGGCCCUGGGCUGCCCCAGCUGCGGCCGGCCCGACCUGAGGGACGAGGCCCAGCGCCUCUGCUACUGGUCCACGCUGGAGCCCGCGCUCCGGCGCUGCCUGGACCCCGACACCUUCGGCCUGGUGACCCGGAAGUUGGCGGAGCUGGAGCUGCUGAGGGACCCCCAGUUCCUGUGGUGCCCCCAUUGCUCCUUCGGGUUCAUCUUCGAGGCCGAGCGGGGCCCGGCCCGGUGUCCCCAGUGCCAGCAGAGCUGCUGUCCCCGCUGCCAGCUGCCGUGGGAGCCCCAGCACGGCUCCAUGUCCUGCGCCCAGUUCCGCGCCUGGAGCCGCUCGCGGGAGCCGCCCCCGAGCGCCCUGGGGGCGUUCCUGGGGGACCCCGGCGUCGAGUGUCCCCGCUGCGGGCAGCGCUUCGCCCUGGCCCGGGGGGGUUGUUUGCAUUUCCAGUGCUCCCAGUGCCGCCACCAGUUCUGCUCCGGCUGCGGGGCCCAGUUCCACCGGCCCGGGAGCUGCCCCUCCCCCCACUGCCCUUUGGGGGGGUCCCUGCACGGGCACCACCCCCGCGAUUGCCUCUUCUACCUGCGGGACUGGGCCCCGCCCCGCCUGCAGGAGCUGCUCAGGGCUGGGAACGUCGAGUUCGAGACGGAGCCGCCCCCUGAGGCCCCGCCCAACCCCACUGGCCGCUGCCCGGUGCCGGAGCAGAAAGCGCUGGGGGCGACGUUCCGGGACGAGCCCUGCGGGAAGGAGACGGAGCCGGGCCAGGCCGGGCUCUGCCGCUCCCAUUACACCGAGUACCUCGUCAGCCUCAUCAACCGCCACGGCCUUGACCCCGCCCCCUUUUACCGGGGGGCGGAGCUUGAGGCCGCCGCCCAACGUCACCUCCCCGCCGGAAGUGGGCGGGGCUUACCCGGAGAAAGCCCCGCCCACCGCGAACAGCGCCUGCGCCGCCUGCUGGCCACCGAGGCGCCCGUCAGGCCACGCCCACCCGCGCCCGGGCCACGCCCCCUAUGCUAA